AGACCCAGGGCGCUGAGCCUCCCCCCCGCGGCCCGCACACAGUGCGCCGCUCCGGCGGGGGAUGACUUCAUGCGACCGGCCUAGAGUAGCCAGCGGCGGCUGCAGCUGCAGGUGGGGCGGGGGCCGUGCGAGCCCGGAGAGCCCAGCACGCGCGGCCACAAGGCAGGACUGCAGCCCGGGGCAGCCCGGACUCCGCUCUCCAUCCCUAAGCUCCCUGAAUAUCAAUGCCUGAUGUCACCAAGAAGCAACUUCUGAUAGAAAUUUGAAGAUCAUCUUUAAGAAAAAGAAAGCAUUCAAUGAAUUAAGGACAAGAAGGUUUCCAAUCAGGUACUGCCACUGUGGUUUCUCACUCUUUCACCUUUGGUUCCAUUGGAACAGGACCCCAGAUAUCACACCCUUCACUCCCACCAGAGACUGUCCCUGUAAAGAACAGUAUUCCUCAGUCUAGAGUCCCUGCUAUGUGGAUAUUUGUUAGCAAUGACUGAUGUGGAAACCACGUAUGCAGAUUUUAUUGCUUCAGGAAGAACAGGUAGAAGAAAUGCAAUACAUGAUAUCCUGGUUUCCUCCGCAAGCGGCAACAGCAAUGAAUUAGCCUUGAAAUUAGCUGGUCUUGAUAUCAACAAGACAGAAGGUGAAGAUGAUGGACAGAGAAGCUCCACGGAACAAAGUGGGGAAGCCCAAGGAGAAACAGCCAAAUCUGAAAGCUAACACUCCACUCUGACCAUCCACAACGCCUGACAAUGUGGCAAAUCUCCUGGCCGUGCUUGGAUGCAUUUGCUGUCCUGAGUGAAAGAGAGGGGAAGAAAAUGGCUGUGCUGUGUGGCAAGAAGCUGUUCGUUGCCAUGUUAAAAGUGGGAGCAGAGCCUGUGUCUGCAGACAGCCUUUUCCCGACCUCUGUCAUGAGCAAUGGUUGAAAUCACCUGGCCUGUGCUUGGAUAUCAUUUUUGUAUGGGUCCUUUCACUUGACCGUGUAAUGAAAUGCUUGUAGAGAGUAGCACUGACCUAGCUGACGAUUCCUGUGUAGCAUCUGGCCCCUCAUGAUGUCAGAGGAUUUAAUUGUGUCUAAUUGAAAAGGGUUGGUUGAACCCCAGAGUUUAAAUAUCUCUGGCUGGAGUAUUCACCCAGUAAAAGAACCAUCCAGAGAGCACAGUUAGCGCUAUGUCCCUGUGUGUUAGUGCUGUGUUAUCUACACUGUUUUGUAUCGUACAGUAUACCUGCUCAGCACUGCCCUUUGAUUGCUUAUGUAAAAAAAAAAAAAAAAAAAAAGAUGUACAUUACUGUGAAUUUUAUACCACUCAUUUUUUAAAGGGCUGCCUUUUUAAUUUUCCAUAGUGUUGUGGCGUGCACAGGGCAGAACACACUUUUGUAAAACAAUACUUUCCUCUUGAUGACUGUGUGCUGAUGAUUAGGUCCACCAGACUCACUGAGACCCCUUUGCUUUAUUAUACAAGCAAUUGGAAGUAUCCAUUAAUGUGAAUUUGCCUGAUUUCAGUCUUCUUAUCCUCACAGACAAGAAUUCUGCCUAUCAAUAUUGCUUUUAUUUCUGAAUAAGUACUUUCAAGUAAUAUCUUAAUUUUUCAUUAUAAGAAUUUUUAAGAACUGACAAGGCAGACAUAGAAAGCCAGCUGAUACUAAUAAUUGAAAACCUUGUGCUCUGUGGGUCAGUUUUUCACACUGAUGUACGCUACUAUUCCCUUCUGGAGGACAGCUUGUGGAGAAAGAGUUCUCCUCACAAUCCUGUGGGUAGCAGUCCAUACAGUGAAGCCCUUAUGCUAUGUUCUCCCAUGUCCUUUUUCAGCCCUUUCAUAUCAGACAUUAUUAUGCAUUUUUUAAUGUUUGUAAAAUUUUACAAAUGAGUGUGAAUUGCAUUCUGAUAUAAUAAUUAUCACCCCACCACACUUUUACUGACACUGUUGAUGGCCUAUGCUGUGUUUUCACAUCACAAUUCUUGUAUGGAAAAAUUUCUGUGGCCUGUGUAACCCCUCUGGUCAGUAUUAUGAAACCAACUAUCUUUGGUGAUAAAUAAGGUUCCGGUAAGAUGCCCAGGGUUCAUGAGUAUGGCACAAAUAACAGAGGACAGGAGGCCUUCACGACGAAGGAGCCCGUAAGUGGCCUGGAGGGCACAGAUGCAGUUCCAGGUCAAGAAAAGAGCAGCUUUUUCAACAGGCAGUCUGUGGGUAUGAUGGGAACUCAGCCUGUCUCUGUAGUUAUGGACAGCGUGGCAGGUGACUGUGCCCACAUCUUCCUAUACAGUGCUUUUUUUUUACUGACUGGAAGUACGUGAAUCUCACUUAGUCCCCAACUGGACGUUUUCUGGAAAAACAAGCAAAUGUUAAGUAUGUCUUUCUGGAUAUAGGCCAGUAGUAAAUACAUUAAGUAUGAGAGGCCUUGCUUUGAUCUCAGUCAUUGGAGGCUAGUAAAAAAUUGAAAGGAACCUUCCUGUUGAUAGACUCAAAGCCGUGAACAGAAGCCUCUUGGCCUGUUUCAGACAAUCUCUGGUAAUCUACUGACAAUAUCCAACAGUUUCGAUGUCCUUGUUUAACUACCCUGGUAGCUUUCUUGUGGAUUUGAAGUUCAUUUUUAAAGCUGUGGAAUUUCAAACUGAAUUCACGUGCAUUUUGUAAAAGUUCAGAACCAGUGCUGAGUCUGUGUGGCAGGUUUUUUUCACCGUGUGAUAUACUAUUACAAAUGCAUGUGGUGCCAUGCUUGUCUUCAAAUAUAUAAGUAGUGCUAAAUGGAUAAGUCAUAUGGAGCUUUUGAUUUAGUUUGACCUCUUACUACUACUUUAUGUACUGUAUUCAAACCCAGAAGUUUUCUCAAGCUGGAAGGGGGAAAAAAAAACAUUCUAAGUAUCCCAUCGUAUAAAUUUUGAUUGGCAAAAGUGCAUAGACCCCCCUUAUUUUCAUUUAAAACCUGUUAUUUGAAAGAAAAUAAUAAUUCAUAGGGAACUAAUCUGCAGAGACAUGUGAAAGAACAGGCAACCCAAGCAAAGGGUGUUGGCUAACUAUCCCAACUGAGUCAUUUUAGAACCCUUUGUUUCAUCUCUUCAAAAAUACCAUUUAGAUUUCAACCUUCCUCCCUUUCACACAUUAGGAAAUGAACGUGAAUAAGGACUAAUUUUUGCAAGAUUAGAAAGCUAAUUUGGGCCCCUGCUUAUCUAUCAACAGAAUUUUCAGUCCACAUUUUAUAAAGUGAGAGCUAAUUGCACAAUAUGUUUCUCUGUAUGUAAAACUUAUGAACAUACACUUGUUCACCUUCCACUCUAUAGAGAAGAAAAAUGAGUUCAAAGGAACUAGCCUUUCUUGAGGUUUGCAACAGGGGCAAUGGCAUUCGUGGCUAAGCCUACCUUUGUUUUUAUUUGUUUACUUGUUUUUAAAUAUGCGAUUAUAGCUUAUUUCAACAGUUUACUUCUGGCAUGUAAGCUGUAAAUUUACAUGUGUUUGCUAUGUCAGUGUACCAUUAUUUUAUGCUUUUUUUAUUUAAUUACUAAGAAACAAAAAAAAUUAAGUUUUUAGCAGGUAACAAUGAGUGAGAAACUGUUGAAUUUACCUCUUUUUCAAAUGAGAGCAUUUUCUGUCGAAACAUAUUCAUCCUAAAUUACCAGAAAUGCUUUCUACUCUGUAACAGAAAUUAUGACCUUCAGUUUUCAGGAAAUACUAACAUAAUAGCCUACUGUCAAUGCCCUCCCACUGAGUCUUCCUCAAACAUGGCAGCAAGACACCAUUGUAGAAAACGAAUGACAGUUCUAUCUCUUCUCAGAGGAAUAAGAAAAAAAAAAUCUAACUGUUGGACAGCUUCUGAAUGAAUCCUGCAGUAGUAAGGAAAAAAUGUCUAGUUAUCAAAUAAAAAGAAGAAAGGAUCCAUAACGGAUGAUGUCUUAGAAGCCCAGAACUGUUCUUGAACUGAAGAGUGGCAGCCUUGGAAGUCAUCUAUGA